AUGGCUCACAUGGAGGCGCAGAGCUCAUCACGCCUGUAUGUUUUCUUUGUUCUUCUUGCCAAUGCCAAGCAUUUAGAGGCAAUGGACUCGCCGCGGGCGGCGACGCGGCGCAAGAAGAUGACGAAGCAGCUGACCGGCAAGCGGGACGACACGGCGCUGCAUGGGGCUGCGCGCGCCGGGCAGCUCGCCGCCGUGCGGGAGACGCUGUCGGGCGCGGAGCCCGAGGAGCUGCGCGCGCUGCUGUCGAAGCAGAACCAGGCCGGGGAGACGCCGCUGUUCGUGGCGGCAGAGUACGGGUACGUGGAGCUGGUGAGCGAGAUGGUCAAGUACCACGACGUGGCCACCGCCGGCAUCAAGGCCCGCAGCGGCUACGACGCCCUCCACAUUGCCGCCAAGCAAGGGGAUGUAGAGGUGGUGAAGGAGCUGCUGCAGGCCCUGCCGGAGCUUUCGAUGACGGUGGACGCGUCCAACACGACGGCGCUGAACACGGCGGCGACGCAGGGGCACAUGGAGGUGGUGCGCCUGCUGCUGGAGGUGGACGGCAGCCUGGCGCUGAUCGCGCGGAGCAACGGCAAGACGGCGGUGCACUCGGCGGCGAGGAACGGGCACGUGGAGGUGGUGCGCGCGCUGCUGGAGGCGGAGCCCAGCAUCGCGCUGCGGGUGGACAAGAAGGGGCAGACGGCGCUGCACAUGGCCGCCAAGGGCACCAGCCUGGACCUCUUCGACGCGCUCCUCGCCGCCGACGCCACGCUGCUCAACCUCCCGGACACCAAGGGCAACACCGCGCUGCACAUCGCGUCCCGCAAGGCGCGGCACCAGAUCAUCAAGCGGCUGCUGGAGCUGCCCGACACGAACCUGAAGGCGAUCAACCGGUCCGGCGAGACGCCGCUGGACACGGCGGAGAAGAUGGGCAACGGGGAGGUGGCCGGCGUGCUGGCGGAGCACGGCGUGGUUUCGGCCCGCGCGCUGAGCCCCACGGGCGGGGCCGGCAACCCGGGGCGCGAGCUGAAGCAGCAGGUGAGCGACAUCAAGCACGAGGUGCACUCGCAGCUGGAGCAGACGCGGCAGACGCGGGUGCGGAUGCAGGGCAUCCAGAAGCGCAUCAACAAGCUCCACGAGGAAGGGCUGAACAACGCCAUCAACUCCACCACCGUGGUGGCGGUGCUGAUCGCGACGGUGGCGUUCGCGGCCAUCUUCACGGUGCCCGGGGAGUACGUGGACGCGGACAGCCUGGGGCCCGGGCAGGAGCUGGGGGAGGCCAACAUCGCCCACGAGACGCCCUUCAUCAUCUUCUUCGUGUUCGACUCGGUGGCGCUCUUCAUCUCGCUGGCGGUGGUGGUGGUGCAGACGUCGGUGGUGGUGAUCGAGCGCAAGGCCAAGAAGCAGAUGAUGGCGGUGAUCAACAAGCUCAUGUGGGUGGCGUGCGUGCUCAUCAGCGUCGCCUUCCUGGCGCUCUCGUUCGUGGUGGUGGGGAGGACGGAGCGAUGGCUCGCCGUGGCGGUCACCGUCAUGGGCGCCACCAUACUGGUCACCACCAUCGGCACCAUGCUCUACUGGGUCAUCGCGCACCGGAUUGAGGCCAAGCGCCUGCGCAGCAUCAAGCGAUCGUCGAUGAGCCGCUCGCGCUCCCACUCGGGCUCUGGACUGUCGGAGCACGACUGGGUGGACGAGGAGUUCAAGAAGAUGUACGCAAUCUGAACAGCAUUCAAAUUAAAUUACCCUGACGAUCGAGUAGGCAGGCACGCUUGAAUACACUCACGAAUGCUAAUCA